AUCCUAAGCAUCAACACGGCGUGCACGGCGAAUAGGCUCAUAGAGAGGGGCAUCGUUAUUGGAGGAAUCCUACACACAGUGGAGCGAUACGAGGCAGCGUGCAGGGCCACACAAUGCUACAAGUGCCAGAGCUAUGGACACAUCUCCACGCACUGCAGACGUGACCCUCGCUGCGGAGCGUGUGCAGGAAGCCACGACACAAGAGACUGCGAGUCGGAGGCGAGGAAGUGCGCCAACUGCAAGAUGGAGCACCCAGCGUGGAGCGCCAACUGCAGCGUA